UGAGCUAGAAAAGUGCGUUUUAGAAUGAUUAGUGGUGGGCAGCGCAGAGGCAGAUUAUACGGCUCCACACAACUGUUGUUUUAAUCCCCUGGAAGAAGAGAUUUAGCAAGAAAAACCCCAGCCUUUAAACCCAGCAGCCAUAUUGUAUGGAAAAGCGACGGGAAGACUCUAAUUUUCAGAAGAAAAAAAAAAAAAAACUCCGCUCCUCAGAGACCUGCAGGAGUUUUGGGGAGUUUUAAAUUUCCUUUCACAGGUUGUUGGGUUUCUGCUGCACAGCCUAGCUCUGCAGCUGGCUGAGGAAUCCAGGCGCUGGGAAUAGUUUUCCAACCAAUUUGUGGUGCAAUAUUGGUGUUGUCUUUUUGGAUUUGAACUGUUAUAUUACACAACUAAUAAUGAAGGACCGAUUGGAACAGCUGAAAGCGACUUGUGAUCAAGAUGAUGAGGAGGUGGAGAUCGCUGUGGACAACGCAGCCUUCAUGGACGAGUUCUUCUCUCAGAUUGAAGACAUCAGGAACAGUAUUGAUAAAAUUGACGAGAACGUGGCUGAAGUCAAAAAGCUUUACUCAGUCAUCCUGUCGGCUCCCACGUCGGAUCAGAAAACACAGGAUGACUUGGAAUCAAUCACUAAUAACAUAAAGAAGAUGGCCAACAAUGCAAGAAACAAACUCAAGACCAUUGAGAGAAAUCUGGAGUCGGAGCAGCAGGAGAGGGUGUCAGCUGAUAUGCGGAUACGUAAAUCGCAGCAUGCAGUGCUGUCCAGGAAGUUUGUUGAGGUCAUGACAAAGUAUAACGAAGCUCAGGUGGACUUCAGGGAGAGGAGUAAAGGACGUAUUCAGAGACAACUUGAGAUAACUGGACAAGCGAAGACAGAUGAAGAGCUGGAGGAGAUGUUGGAAAGUGGAAAUGCUGCCGUUUUCACUGCUGGGAUUGUGGACUCUGGGAUCUCAAAACAAGCUCUGAGUGAGAUUGAAUCCAGGCAUAAAGAUAUUGUCCGUCUGGAAAGCAGCAUCAAAGAGCUGCAUGACAUGUUUGUAGACAUCGCCAUGCUGGUGGAGAGCCAGGGGGAAAUAAUUGACAACAUAGAGCAGAAUGUAUCCCAGUCAGUGGAUCACAUUAUUCAGGCGAAGGAGGAGACUAAAAAAGCUGUAAGGUACCAGACCAAGGCCCGCAAGAAAACUGUGAUUAUAGUGGUGGUUGUGGUGAUCUUACUGGCAUUGAUAGCGCUCAUAAUCGGGUUGUCAGUAGGAUUGAAAAAAUGAGGAGCUGUUUGACUAAAAGAAGAGAUGUUGGUGAGUAAUUUUGGAGAAAAUCUUCAGUGUAGUGCUGUAACAAGUGGGAAGGAGGCAUGCUUUGGAAAAGAGGUUUCUUUUAGACUUGAAUGAGUGUGUUUUCUGUCUGUCCUGGGAGCUUAUUUGAUGUGUGUGUGUGUGGGGGGGGGGGGGGGGGGGGGGGGUGUUGGCAUUUCUGGUCACUGCUAAAUGACUUGGUGUUAGUGGAGAGUUGGUUUGAUCUGCGAGGGAUUUAAAUGCUCCUUGCUCUCUUCACUAACUCUCCCCUCAUUGUGUCUCUGUCUCUCCCCUUCUGUAGAAGAUGAUCUUCAUCGGUGUGUGCUGUGCUGUGGUUUUAGUCGUCAUCCUCAUUAUCAUCCUCACUCAGACACUAUGAUGGGACCGCCGGAUCCCUGCCAUCAUCAUCAUGUGUUUUCUUCACCCAGAUCAUCCAUUUUGUUUCAUCAUCUGCUCAAAAAAAAAAAAAGGAUUCAAAUUCCUGCGUAUGGAUCAGAGCUGCUGGUGUUAAAAAAAAAAAAGGGGGAAGAUGAUCUUUUGUGACUUCUUCAGUUCCAGACAAUCUACGGACGCUCUGAUGAGGAAAUGAGAACUGCAAUGCGGCUCACUACCUGCUUACACCUCUGUGGAAGCAACAAAAAGGGAACUGGGAGAAUAACUGACUGUUUCAUCACCUCUCCAACACCAAACAUUUCAUUGUUUUUAACAUUUGAUGCCAAAGUUGCACCCCUGUGUGUGUUUGUCCUAAGCUGUUCUUUAAACCAUGCAGGAGCACACACACACAUACACACCCCCACCCCCAGAUCCACUCUUCUUGCCUUAAUGAGCCUUGACACAUAUUACUACUUUAAAAGCUACUGAAUGUUUGCUUCUCCAGGUUAUGGUUGUUUUUAGAGAGUUCCAGCACUUUCACUGUUAAAAAUAUUGAAUUAAGCUAAGGUUUACGUAAUUAUAUUGUAAAUAACAGAAGUCAUAUUUGUGCACUGUUGACAGUCUUGUAAGAAAAUGUUCUUUUUCAAAUAUGAAGGACGACACAUUUCAGCAACAUUUGAAAGAAAAGACUAACAAGUAAUCCAUUGUCUUGAGAAGGUGCCUUAAAUUUACUGUUGGCAAAUGGACUGUAAUAGAAACUGUUAAUGUGCUACCAAAGAGUUUGCAGACUAGAAUUAACACUAGUAAAUAUUUUUUUGAUUUAAGAAGUUUUUACAUAAAAGGGACAAUUAAAUCAUAAGGAAAGUAACAGCUCUUUUUAGGUGUAUUAUGUGAUUGUUUCCUCUGUAAACGUAAAGCUAAGCUGCCAGUUUAUGAAGUGCAUCCAUUCAAUUUUCUGUUAGAAUGAUGUCCAGAGCCAUUUUUCCUUCAUGUUUAUACAAUUAUUUUGUCAUCAUAUAAUUUACAAAGACUUCAAUAAUCAUUUUUAAUUGUAUAAACAUGAAUUGAAAUGAAAAAGUAACAUUAUGGAGCUUUUAUUUUAAUUUUAAAUAUUGUAUAAUGAGGUGAACUUCAUAAGCUGGUAGUUAAGUAGAAUUUUUAUUGGGCACCAUUAUUUUUUCUCUGUAGAUAAUAUUGCAGUCUGACAGUUUACAAAACAUUACAUUGGCUUUAGCACUUAUGUUAAAGAAGGUGGUUGUGUGCAUAUAAAGGCGAGAUGUCAUUUCAGUCAGUCAACAGGAGCCAAAGCAUUUUCUUUACAAGAUUCUGUGUCUUUACACUUUCAGGAAAUACUUGAAAUCAGCGUCCAGCAUGAUUUUUGUGGCCAUGCAGGUCACCGAAGGAAGAGUGGGGAAAAUUUAACCUUGUUGCACAUUUCUUAUGUCAAAUAUUUCAAAAGAAUUAAAGAUUUGUUUUUUUUCUUAAGUCUGACUGUUUGUGCUGCUGUUUCUGAGUCUCAGGCUAAACUAUACAAUGAGUAGUCAGACAUAUAUGACGAUUUUAUAUAAGAGUUCAAGUCAAAGUAAGACGUAUUUGCAAAACCAAAGGAAAAUGGUACAUGAUUUAAAAAAAAAAAAAAAACCUGGAAACUUUGAUUUGCAUUUAUUUUCAACCCCCCAGAAUCAAAACGGUAAGUGUUUGAAGGUAUGUUUCUACCAGCUUUGCACAUCUAGAUACUAGUUUUUGUUCAUUCUUUACAAAAUAUAUCAACCUCAUUUGGAUUUAGGGCUUGGCUUUGACAAGGCCAGUCUGACACACAUACUCUGAUCUAAAACCACUUCCCUUGUAGCUGUGGCUCAGAGUUUAGGGUAGAUUUCCUGCUGGUAGGAGAAGCUCUGCUCCAGUUUCAAAUCUUUUGCAGCAUCUAACUUUAGAUUUUAGAACCUCCAUCUUUCCCUGAACUUUGACCAGCUUUCGAUAAUCAUUGGUACCACCAAUCUUAAUCACCACACAGAGUUUUGCAUUUAGACCAAAUGUUUGGCUUUUCUUCCACAUUUUAUAUCACCCUUAAAGUUUCAGUGUUCCUAGACUGUCAGUUAAACAAGGCGGCUAUUUUGUGGAAGGCUUGCACUUGUGCUGUUCUAAUUUAUUUAAAGAUGGAUUGUACAAUGCUGUCGGCCUUCAUAUUACACUUUUGAUUUAUUCGAGAAGGCAACCAGUUGCAGUUUUUUAGGGGUAUUAAGAGACUUUUUUUGUGUGUGUAAAAAUAAAGUAUACUCUUAGUUUGCAUUUGUGCACCACUCUGUUGAUUCACUACAUGAAAUCCCAAUAAAUUGCACUGAAGCUUGCUGAUGGUUGAUAAAAUUUUGUAACGUUAACAGGAUGUGAAUACUUCUACAAGGCACUGUACAGUAGCUGCAUGUGAAAAGUUUUGAUGACUGUGUUGUGGAGAAGAUGUGUGAAAGUGUUUUCUCUUGACCGCUGUGUUAAAGUACAGUUUUCAAAGACUUGAUAUGAGGAAGUGAAGGUAAGUUGCAUCACCUGUCUUCUAUAGCAUACAGACACACACGCCAUAAUCUGACCCUUCCUUCCCUUUUCCUACAUCAUUUCCUCUUACCAACUCCCCUAGAUAUGCAAACACUUAUAUUUAGUUUCUUCUUUAACUUUCUUGUGUGUAUUUUAACUCUCCAGAAAAAGAUGAUGAUUACAUUGUGCUGUGCCAUCAUUGGGAUCGUUGGGUUCUCCUAUCUCUACAGUUUCUUCUCAUAAAAGAUUUUGCACAGGAAUAGAGAUCUCCAGGAGAAAACAUUUAUUUUUUUUCCUGUGGUUCUUACCCAGUUUCUGUCAUUUAAAUUUGUAGAUUAAAUUUAAGCCACUCUCAAAUAAAAAAUAAAAAUAAUAAUAAUAACCACUGCUUUCUUACCCUUUCUCCCUUCCCCUCGGAGUCUCAUUUGAAUCUCUGUUCUUGCUGUAUAAAGUGUUUGAAAACGUGUCAUAAAUGUGGAUUUUUCUCAGUCUGCCUCCUCUUAGACAGAUGGCUCAACAUGUGACUGUUAAUCUUCACGCAUCACUCUGUUCAGCUUUAGUCCAGCGCCUCCUGGUGGUUCUUUGAAGAAAUAACCAUUAUUUAUGAAGAAAUGACUGAGAAUGUCAUCUAAACGUUACAAAAAUCUUGGGUUUUCUCUGCCUACACUCUAAAAUGUUUGAAGCAGAUCUGUAUUACUCUAUCAUUUGUGUGUUAUAAAUGUGAUUUUUGUGUGUAUGAGUCCAUACUGCUUAAAAAAAAGGCUUGUAUCUUUUCUGCAACAGCGGGUCUCGCUGGCUUUGCUGGCUAUGUCAACUCUAUAAAGCCUGUUAUGUAAUAAAAGGAAAUCUACAGUGAACCAA